GGGAGUUGGCAAUUAUGCAUAAUUCAUCGUAUUCGUUGGUGCCGUUAAUUAUAAGACUCCUUUUAAUAUCGAGAUUGAUUAUCGUCGAAGGUUUAUUGCCCGUUAUUCAUUCUAUUACAUUGAACGAGAUUAUUAUACCAAAAGAAUACCAAAAUCUACCUUUGAUAGCGAAAUGUUGUUCGACGGAUCAAAUUUUAAUUCGAAAUAAAGAUCAAAGCCCAAAAUGUGUCCCUUCGAACUAUUAUUCGGUCUCAUCGUUCUCACCGCUUUUUUGCAAAUUCAAUUCAUCUGGUACUUGGUCUUUGGGCGAAGAAGCUAAUCGUUUUGUUGCACUCAUUGGUUAUCCUUGUCGUUAUGAAAGUUUCGACAUAAAUACGGAAAAUGAUACGUAUUAUCUUUUACGAAAUGGCUCGAUAUAUUUUCCUUUAUAUGAGCAUUCCAUGCUAAUGCCUGGUAUAAAUUAUUGCAUGGAUGUAACACCAACGUUAAAUCUUGUUACUGUGGUGUGCUCUUCUAUAGAUAGUAAAAUAUUGAUGGCAGGCACACAGAUAAUUUGUUAUGCCUGCGGACUUAUAAUAGCCGUAUCAUUUCUAAUCCUGACCAUAGUAGCUUAUUCGAUAACGCCUAAAUUAAGAGACGUUUAUGGUAAAAUACUUCAUCACUAUUGCGGAUGUCUCGCAUUAGCAUUUAUUAUUUUAGCGAUUACACAACUCGGUGGUGUACAUUGGACGAGUGAUACGUGCAUGGCCAUUGCCUUCGUCGUACAAUUCUCGUUCGUCGCAUGUUAUUUCUGGUUGAACGUGAUGUGUAUCGAGACAUGGUCGUUAAUACAAAAUCACGUUCAUCAUGAUGCCUAUCAAAGAAUAAAACCUAAUGUACUCUUUUUUUAUUACUCGAUAUGGGCUUGGGGAUCUUCGGGUAUUCUUAUUCUUGUAUCACUAAUAAUGGAUCUAAAUCCGACGAUACCGACGAUAUAUAUAAAGCCAAACUUCAUUAGCGAAAACGACAGCUGUUGGUUUAAACCGGACAGUAAAACUAUGCCAUACUUUUUCGUUCCAAUUGGAUUUCUCUUGCUAAUCAAUUUAAUAUUCUUUAUCCUAACGGGAAUUACGAUAAGCCGAUAUCAAAAAGAUCUGGCACUUAGACGAUUAAUCAUAAAUCAAGAAUCCGUACGGCAAGAACAAAUGGAAUAACGUUCUCUGAAUUUGAUAUUCUAAGAAGAUUGCCCACGCCGAAUUUUUCGAAAUACCGGAAAGAUGAAGUCAUUAAUUUGCACGUUAUAAGCAUACUUUUCAACGUCGAACGAGUCAGAUAAUAUCGAGAACUCGAGUGUAUCUGAUUGGUAAGUUUGUUCGCGUGCAUCAAAAAGGUGUGUAUUAAAUUAUUGUCAAAGAUACAAGAAAAGGUAUAACUAAACGAAGAACUUUAGCUCGUCUAUUGAAAGCGUCGUAAUCAAGAAUAAUUCAAUGGAAAAUAUGUCUAUUAAUAUAUCCAUUUAAAAAUCUAAUAUAACUGACAUAAAUAUGUAUUACUGAUAGUCGAGUGAAGAAAAUGUCAAGGUGAAACGGAAGAUACCGAAGAAUAAGAAAAAAAAUCGACGAGAGAAACACGAAACGAGUCGAUUGUUGAUUGUAAGAAAAAAAAAAAAAAAAGAAAAAAAAAGAAAAAGAAAAA